AUGUCGCUUGCGCUGGAGGUCUACGAUGGCUGGGAGCUGGCCCAGAGAGAGCUGUCAUCCAUAGAGCUCCAACUCUGUAAGAAGAACCUUACUGUAGUCAACAACCUCCUGACAACCAUCCAAGGGGUCAUCGUCUCUGACUGCGGCCCCAAGUUUACGUCCCGGUCUCCACUGCGCCCCUGGGUGGGGGAGUGGUUCAGGACGUCUAAAGAGGUCUGGUCUGCUGCCCAUGUCCGCCUGCCGGAAGCAGUGCAGCGUCAAAAGGAGCCAAAGGACCGGUGGCCGGUGGUUCCUGGUCCACUGGGGCAAUCUGGUCCCGCCGGUGUAGAGACAGAUAUGGCUGUGACCGGUCGAAAAACGAUAGGAGGGAUAUGCAAGUUCCCCUUUGUAUUCCGCAAUGAGACGUAUGACUCGUGCACCAGCGAUGGACGAGAUGACGGCGAACUGUGGUGUGCCACAACCAGCAGCUACGAUGCAGAUGGUGAAUGGGUCUUCUGCCAAGACAUUGCUCAUUGGGAAUUUUUCAAUGGAUCAUCUUACUAUUUCUCUGAAAACAAACUGACCUGGAAAAAUAGUAAAUAUGCCUGUAUCCAGGAAGGAGGACACCUGGUCAUCAUAGAGAAUCAGCAGGAGCAGGACUUCAUUAGAAAGCAUGUGGGAAACACUGACAGUAAAAACAGCUACUGGAUUGGAAUGACAGACAUUAAGGAGGAGGGAGUUUGGGUCUGGGUGGACAAUACACCCCUAAAUGACAACAUCAAUUACUGGGACCAAAACAAUGGAACAGAUGUCAGUGACGAUCCAGAACCAAAUGACUGGGAUUCAAAUGAAGACUGUGCCCAAAUAGGUCGAAGCUGUUCAGAGCAAAUCAGUUGUUGGUUUGACAACGUAUGUAACAUCUUGUCUAAGAGAAUCUGUGAGCAUCGUGCAGUCCUAUAA